CUCUGCUUCUGCUUCUUGCAUGAGAUUUUGGCGGGAAAACAACAAAACCGCCAAACACACAACAACCUCUUGUUGCUCUUGUUGCUCUUCUUGUUGGCCGUUUGGUUGCGUGUGUUGGAGGUGUGCAGCACUGCUGGUUGUUGGUUGAACGUUACAGUCACAUCUCACACCACCGCUGACACUACCACCACGGCUGCUGUUGUUCCUUGGUUGCACCUGUUGAUUUGCACGCUUGAGCGACCACCCUCUCCUCCACGCUCUCUCCACCAGCACCACCACCACCCAAGAAACCGUUGAUCGGUUGCAGCCAGCCAUUCUGACCGUUGUACAGGACUGGCGCUUCUCUUUUGGCGCGCAAAAGCCACGCACCGCCGCUGCAUAUUGACGGUGCCACUGCUGCUGCUGCUGUCCCCCGACGCCUGCCGCUGCUGCUGCGCCAAGAUGGCGGACGACGACGAUUCCCAGGUCUCACCGUCAUCAUCCGUGCAGGGGCGUGGCCGCACAAGCAAGAGCCUGGUGCUGCUGACGCGCCGGUUCAUGGAGCUGAUGCACAAGGACGGCGGAACCAUUGAUCUCAAGACCGCGCACACCAGACUCAAGGUCAAGCAGAAGCGGCGUAUCUAUGACAUUGUCAACGUACUGGAGGGCGUGGGCCUCAUCACCAAACCAAGCAAAUACGUCGUGGCCUGGCAGGCACAAGACACUGCUGGCGAUGCAGAAUACAGAGCAAAAGUCGAACAGUUGAAGCAGGAGAUCUCGCAACUGGAUUACGAGCUGACACGCAUCCAGCAGGCCGUGCGUACCGUCGUCCACUCCACAGAGUCGCUGGUUCAGGACCUGGACACGCCGUUCCACGCCUACGUGACCCAAGAUGACCUCCUUCAAACACCUACGCUCAAGAACCAGCUCAAGUUUGCCAUCAAAGCCCCAACAGGCGCAACGCUGACCGUUCCAGAGCCACACUCUUCCGAUGAUUCGCCGUAUGACAUUAUUCUGUCGAGCAAGAGCGGUCCCAUCGACGCCCUCCUCAUCUGCGAAACCGGGGACAAGUCGGAGCUGCAGCCCGUGGACGGAAACCAGCCGCCACACAAUGACGGUGGCGAUACGCGUGCACAGCAAAUACCUGGACAUCAACUACAGCAACACCAACAGCAGCAACACCAACAGCUACAACACCCGCAGGGUGUGCACUCGUCACAGGCCACGCCAGAAGCAACCGACCCGACACACUCCACACCCCUGCCAACCGCGAUACCACACCAACACCAACACCAACACCAACACCAGCAGCAGGAGGAUGCGUACUCGCUACUGGCAGAGGGGGAUGCGCCGCUUCCCAUUCCAACACAGCCGGACACACGCUGGGUAGCUGAGGAGGGCAUACACAACUCAACAGCACACGACCCAAUGACGUUUCACUCGUGA